AAGAGAUCUAUUCAUCUUCGCAUCUCACCACCAUCUCCGACUUCCGUUCCUGGCCUUGUUCUCCUGAGUUUCUGCGUCGCGUUUUAUCGAUCAUUACACUCUGUAGAAGAGACGAGCUUCUCAAGUUGAAGAGAAGAAGAUGGUGAAAGUAGCGACGUUCUUUGCAAUGACGUUGGGGGCCUUCGUAUUCUGGCAGUCAAUGGAUAAACUCCAUGUUUGGAUCGCUCUCCGUCAAGACGAAAAGAAAGAGAGAUUGGAAAGGGAAGCAGAGAUCAGAAGAGUUAGAGAAGAGCUACUGCAACAAGCGAAACAGAACGAUUCUCUUGCUUGACUCUUCUCUUUUCUUCACCUGUUGUCCUUCCGUUCUCUUUUUAUUUUCUUCUCGUUCUGUUGCUGCUAUCGGUAUUGAAUCGAUAAGUUUAGAUUGACAUUUUAUAAAUAUCGUUUGUCUGUCUGUUCUAGAACAAUGAUAAAUGAGUGGCCUAUAAAUGGUUGAUUACUCACUUCUACAUUUGUCAUGGUUAUCAAAUGGUAAACAACGCUCAUUUCAAUUUGGAGCUUUGCUUUUUGAAUAAUUGAAUUUGCAUCAUGAUUCAGUUUGUCAAAACUUGACUCAGUGUUGUGUUCUUACCUUGCUUUGCAAUGAGAAAUCGUUUGCUUC